AAGCUCAUCUCGUCAGUACCGUCCCGGCAUUCGCGCGUGAUGGAUUGGCUAACGAUCGUUCUACUGUCGAUUCUGGCCCUCGUGGCCACCUACGAAGUCUAUCUCCGUCUGCUGCCGAGCAAUCGAGCUGCCAAGCAGUUCCCCGGGCCUCGUCGAUUGCCCGUGCUCGGGAAUGCCCUGAGCUUGCUGUUCAACGACCAGGUCAGCACCUUCCUGCUACCACGCCGUUGGGCUCAGCAAUACAACGCCUCGUACAGGAUCGUCGUCCGCGGUGGAUUCAUCGUCAACGCAAUUCGAGCUCGGGAAACCGAAGCUCUGCUAUCCAGCACGAAGCUGAUCGACAAGAGUCUGAUCUACAAGUUCCUUUAUCCGUUUAUGGGCGUUGGACUGCUGAACAGUACCGGCCAGAAGUGGUUCCACCGGAGGAAGAUCCUAACGGCAGCGUUCCACUUCAACAUCUUGCCGAAGUUCCUGGUCACUUUCCAGGAGGAAUGCGACAAACUGCUGCGCAAGUUGGACGCGGAUGCCGGCCAAGGCAACACGACUACCCUGCAGUCGCUGGCGGCACGCUUCACGUUGAACACAAUUUGCGAAACGGCCAUGGGGGUAAAACUGGAUUCGAUGUCGAUGGCUGACGAGUAUCGGGCCAAGAUUCAGGAGGUGGUUAAGUUGCUGCUUCUGCGCGUCAUGAAUCCCUGGUUGGUCGAGGACUUCACCUACCGGAUAUUCGGCUUCAAAGCCCGACUGGACAAGAUCCUCAAACCAAUACAUGCCUUCACCAGGAGCAUCAUCAAACAGCGAAGGGAGCUGUUUCAUGCGAACGUGAAGAAUUUGGAUGACUUUUCCGAAGAGAACAUCUACCUGAACACCAAUCAACGAUACGCCUUGCUGGACACUUUGUUGGCGAGUGAAGCGAAGGAUCAAAUCGACGAGGAAGGCAUUCGGGAAGAGGUGGAUACGUUCAUGUUCGAAGGUCACGAUACGACGGCUUCGGCGUUCACGUUCAUCUUUCUCGUAAUCGCUAACCACCAGAACGCCCAGCAGCAGCUGUUCGAGGAAAUUGAAGCGAUGAUCGAGAGUAGAGUUGACCCUCGCGAUUCGCCAUUCGACAUCAAAGAUUACAACGAUCUCAAGUACAUGGAUCGAGUGAUCAAGGAGUGUCUACGGCUAUAUCCGCCCGUACCGUUCAUAAGCCGAGCGGUAGUGGACGAUGCAUGGUUCGGCGACCGGUUCAUCCCGAAGGAUUCGAUGGCUAAUGUGCACAUUUACGAUCUCCAUCGGGAUCCGGAGCAGUUUCCCGAUCCGGAGCGGUUCGACCCGGAUCGGUUUCUGCCGGAGCAGGUGGAACGGAGGAACCCGUAUGCGUACGUGCCGUUCAGUGCCGGGCCGAGGAAUUGUAUCGGCCAGCGUUUCGCCAUGCUCGAGCUGAAAGCGAUCCUCACCGCAGUGCUGCGGGAGUUCCGCGUUCUUCCGGUCACCAAACGCGAGGAGGUGGUCUUCGUCGCCGAUAUGGUCCUCCGGGCGAGGGACCCCAUCAAAGUAAAAUUCGAACGACGCUCUGCGCAAUAACCAUGGACACAUUUCUCAGCUUUUCUAACGACAAAAUCGACUGAGCUCUAUGUUUUAAUCGUAGGUUUAAUACAUACUGUUUAAGAACUCCAUCAUGAUAUUGAAUGAAAUAUUAAUAUGAAUAAAUGAUCUAUUUUCCACUUA